AUGGCAGAAGAAAAUGGCACCAACCCCGUGGAGCUGCUGACUGAUCCAACCCGGUGGGAGAAGUUCUGCCAGCGCCACGGUAUCAACCCGAACCUGAUCAUGUUGAAGAUAACGCUGUUUGUGAUGUACGGUGCUACCUCGUCCCUGCUGCCGUACCUGACGAUCCACAUGCAGAGCACCGGGCUGACGGUGGAGGAAAUUGCAAUCAUCUACUUGGCACUCCCGUUCACGACCUUCCUGAGUCCACCGAUCACCGGGUUCCUGGUCGACAAGUUCGGACGCUACAAACCGGUCGUCAUCAUGAGUUUGCUUUUAAAUGCAUUAUUCCACCAUUCGCUGAUGCUCAUCCCGCAGCAGGAAAUACCUGGCAAGGUACCGGAUGCGUACGUAAUGAGACAUCCCGGCACGGGAAAUGUAGAGGUAUGGUGGUCCCCCUGUCCUAGCCGCGAAUGUCCGGAAGAGGAAGAGAUGGACAUCAUCGUCGACCAAUGCAUGGACCACUGUCUGCUGCUGGAGCAGAAUCCGCUGAUUGAGCAGGCACCGCUACCGACGGACAUACCGCUGGUCGUGACUCCAAACGGGGACGCCGUCAACGAUCCGAAGGACGAUCUGGACCUGUUCGUGCAGAAUAAGAAUAAGAACAAACACACCCCGGGUGACGUACUUAGCAGCAGUACCAGUACCAGUAGUGCCAUCCCCAGCACUACCGAGCCGUACAGGGACAAGCCGAUACUUAAGGAGGAGCCGGAAGACGAGUCGGAGGAAAGUGAAGAAGGCUGGGUGGUAGCUGGCAGUGGUGACUCGGCGUUUAUCGUGCUCGAUAUGCACCCAGAUCUGGGCGAACCGAUCGAACAGCUCGGCAUGGAGGUGGAUCACGACGACAACGCAACAGUGACGGACUUCAAGACGCGCUUUGGCGUAGCAUUGCUUUGGAAGCAAGGUGUCAAUGUGACAGCAUUGGAGGAGGAGGACCUUCGCUGCGGGGGUCUUGUGCAGGCAUCAAACAUGUCGCUCAACAGCAACCUCAAACUGUCCGAGUGGGCCGCCGACUGUAUGGUGCAGCGAUGCCGGUUCCGCCGGAACGGACCCGACAUCUGUCCGCCGGACUAUAAGGAAAGCGAUGACAAGAUCUUCUGGAUCUAUUUCGCACUGCGGUUCCUCGCGACGACGAUGCUGUCGGCGGGCGUCACCAUCAUGGACCCAAUCGCGCUCACCAUGAUCGAGAAGUACGGCGGCGACUUUGGACGCGAACGGUUGUUCUCGAGCAUCGGUAUGGCGAUCUUUUCGCCCAUCACCGGCAUCCUGAUCGAUCUGUUCUCGAAGGACCUCGGCUACACGGACUAUUCGGCCGCGUUCUACACGUACGACAUUCUGCUGAUUAUCUCGUCCGUCACCGUGUUCCUGAUGCCGCUCGGCGAGAAGCUGCCGGCCGACAACGUGUUCAAGGACUUGCUGAACCUGCUCAAGCUGAAGCACGUGAUCAUCUUCAUCUGGUUCCUGUUCCUGCUCGGCAACUUCUGGGGCUUCAUCGAGAGCUUCCUCUUCCUCUACCUCAAGGAGCUCGGUGCUCCCAACUAUCUUCUUGGUAUCACCAUAACUGUCGGCACAGUGAGCAGUAUCCCGUUCCUGUAUGGAGCUGGUCGCAUCACGAAGGUGGUCGGACAUGUAAAUCUGAUCGUGAUCGCAUUCGUCGCCCACGCCUGCCGUUUGGUUGGCUACUCCUUCAUCGAGAACGCCUGGUGGUGCUUUCCAUUCGAGGCGAUGGAAGCCCUCUCGUGCCACCUGAUGUGGGUCGCGGCCGCCACCUACUGUGCCCUGCUGGCUCCGAAGAGCCUGCUCGCCACACUGAUCGGCGUGCUGGGUAUGGCGCACUUCAGUCUGGGUCGCGGUAGCGGUUCCUUCUUCGGUGGCUUCCUGAUCGCCGAGGUGGGCACGCGCGAAGCGUUCCGGUACAUGGGUCUGGUCGCGGUCGCCGGUGGCCUGGCGUACAAGUUCAUCCACGCCAUCUGGCUGAGGAAGUACGACAACCCGGAUGCGGACGAGGAAGCGGUCGAGAAGGGCGAGGCGGAGAAGCUGUACAACGAGGGCGACGAACCGAAGACGAAGGAUCAGGGCACCUCCAUGUCGCAGGAGCGGCUCUCGCUGAUGAUAAAGUACAAUCAGAUAGGCAGCCUCACGUCCCUACCGCGUGGCUCGAGGGGCGACGUUAACGAUGUUUUCUCGAAGCGUCGCAGCAGCUACAACAUCGAGUUCGUGCGAGUACAGAAAGGCGGUGGCAGUGCGUCAAAGGUCGAUCUGCUGAAGUCGGCGGUGGAAAUCAACCACAAGACGUCCCACCCACACCUGCGCAAGGAGGGCAAGGCUUCGGACCAGUCACUCAACUCGAAACGUGCCGACAGUGCGCCACGUCUGAACCAAUCGAAGAACAUUUCCCAGCCGGCGCUGAGUGCGGUGGUGGACGAGGAUCUGCCGACGUCCGUGCUGUCGCGCCACAGGAAAAAACACCAUCAGAGCGGCAUCCUGGUGGUGAAGGCCUGCAGUCAGGAUGGCGAUCUGGAUUUGCGUAAUUAUUUACGGGAAACGGAACAACGCGAUUCAAUCACCGAGGGUGAGGAGGAAAACUACAAACUGGAGAUGAUCAAGAAGGCUUCCCGUGGUCCCGUGCUGAACGACAUCCCCGAGCGCACGGUCGAAGCGUCCGAUGCGAGCCCGUCAACACCGGUACCACCCACCCCGACACCGACCGAACCCGCCGAGCCGUCCCAGGCAACGGUGGUCCCCCCGGCCGAUGGGCAGAGCAUAGCUAAUGGGCAGGCCAAAACCGACGCUACCUGACAGGCUUCCGACAAGCAUUCUCGAUAAAUGAUAAACAUCAUUGUUUUCCUAUUUCCGUUUCGUUUAGUUUUAGUCUGUACGAUUUCUUUUGUUCAAUACAUUUCACCUGAAGUAGCGGGCUAGUUUGAUCAGCACGGUCGCGGUUGCGAUCACCAGCGUACGAUCUGUAGCUUCCAUACCAUAAGUACAAGAUGUAA